CUCCUCUCCUCCCAUCUCGCCCCAAAUCCCCCACCUUCUUCCAGCACACCCAACGCACCCGCAAAUCCCCCACUCUCCCGAACAAGCGAUGGCCCCCAAGGCGGAGAAGAAGCCGGCGGCGAAGAAGCCCGCGGAGGAGGAGCCCGCGACGGAGAAGGCGGCCGAGAAGGCCCCGGCGGCGAAGAAGCCCAAGGCGGAGAAGCGGCUGCCGGCGGGCAAGACGGCGUCCAAGGAGGCCGGCGGCGAGGCGAAGACGAGGGGCCGAAAGAAGGGCAGCAAGGCGAAGAAGAGCGUGGAGACCUACAAGAUCUACAUCUUCAAGGUGCUGAAGCAGGUGCACCCUGACAUUGGCAUCUCCUCCAAGGCCAUGUCCAUCAUGAACUCCUUCAUCAACGACAUCUUCGAGAAGCUCGCCGCCGAGGCCGCCAAGCUCGCCCGCUACAACAAGAAGCCCACCAUCACCUCCCGGGAGAUCCAGACCUCCGUCCGCCUCGUCCUCCCCGGGGAGCUCGCCAAGCACGCCGUCUCUGAGGGCACCAAGGCCGUCACCAAGUUCACCUCCUCCUAGAUUGCAUCUGCAUUGCUUGUAUCUAUCUAGUAGUAGCGACUCUAGCUGGUUCUGUUGCUUUAGUUAGUGCUUGUCGACUCUGGUUAUCUGGAACUCUUAAGGGCUUGUUCGGUUGAGGUGGAAUUGAAGGGGAUUGAGGGGGAAUUAAUCCCCUACAAGCCAAAAUCCCUGCAAAUUCCCCCCAAUCCACCUAGGGAUGGGAUUAACCGAACAAAGCCUAAGUGCUUUUAUUGCUGGAUGGGGAAUUGAUUGAUGGAUGACUGCCAAUGCUUUAUUGCCUCUUUGGGUGUAACAACUGAAUUUGUGCUUCUUUUGGCAAACUGA